AUGAACACUUGCACGCAUCGCUUCUUCGAAGUGCCGUAUAAGGGAUUGAAUCUCACAGAGGUCGAUCCACUUCAUUCCCUUGUGGUUUUGGUACAGAUCUUUCCUGUUAGGCUCAUUUUCAGAUCAAUUUCGUUAGUUGGCGAAGAUGACAGAAAACUGCUCAAGGAAAUUAUCAACACCAACCCUGAUCGAACGCUGAAGCAACGUAUGGUUGCACCUGAAGUAGUGGAGGCAUAUCGGCAGCGAAUUGACUCGCUUGAAGAGUCGAUCCGUCAGAUUGAUACGGAAGAAAGAGAAGAAAAGGAGCUGAGGUUGGCCGAAUCAGCGUUACGAAAGACCGAAGAGAAGUUGGAAACUGGAACGACAGAAAGAGAAGGACGUGUGUGGUUCCAAAAACCAAAAGUGUCAGAAAGAGAGCGAAGACGAGCUGAAAAGAGAAUGCUACGGAAGGAGGAAAUGAAACGGAAGCAGGCCGAGAAAACGCCGGAGGAGAUAAGACUCGAGCACGAGAUGGCUUAUCAAGCUCGAGAAGCGAAGAGAGCCCGGCGAGGAAAGAAUCGCCGACUGCGAGCUGUAGUUGAGGCACCACCGAAGUCGAAACACCAACUCACAAAGAAGAAGAGCAUGCGUCUUUCAGAUCUUCCUGCCGUAGAGACCUCGACGCCAUCAGCCUCGAAGAAGAAAAAGACAGCUGUUGGCAAGAAAUCGACGUUUACGUCUGCGCUAACAGCCAUCGGAAAACGAGCUGUCAAGAAGGCGCGUCAUGGACCAGAAGACUCGGGAUUCCAAAAGGCACGUGUGGCUUAUCGUCUCAAGACAAAGAAGAGAUGA